AUGUUACGUGCUGCUGCUGCUGAACGUAAUGCUAAUCCGAUUGCUAAUGUGUUGAAUAGAUAUUUGCUUGAUGAUAUGAAACUACUCGAAAUUGCUUCUGGAACAGGUCAACAUGUGAUAAAAUUUGCUGAAAAAUUCCCUGGUGUUACUUUUCAACCGUCGGAAAUUGAUGCUCGAUCUCUCCACAGUAUUGUUGCUUAUAUUGAUCAUUAUAGACUUGGAAAUGUUCGAGUCCCGCUGUUCAUUGAUGUGACAAAACCAGUUAAUCAUUGGGCGCUACCUGGAGAUUAUGGUCCCCGAGCGGUGGAUGUUAUCCUCAGUAUUAACAUGAUCCAUAUUAGCUGUGAUGCUGCAGUUGAAGGCCUAUUCAAGGCCGCAAGCGUUUUGCUAAAACGAGGUAGUGGUUUGCUUAUUACGUAUGGCCCUUACGCAAUUGAUGGUGUCAUUUCUCCACAAAGCAACAUUGAUUUUGAUGCUAGAUUACGGAGUCAGCAUCCAGAAUGGGGAUUACGAGACACUGGAUACUUAACUAGGUUAGCAUCGAACUGUGGAUUGACAAUGAUAGCUCGACACGAUAUGCCAGCGAACAAUCAUAUGCUGAUAUUCAGUAGAGAUUUACACGACCACAGCCCUUAG